GGGCAUUUUAGUUUUAAAUCGAAAUCCACUUUUUUAUUUUUUUUUCGUGGAGAGUUGGCUGUUAGCACCGAAGAAGAAGAAGAUAUAGGGUAGGAAGAGUAAAAUCAAUCUCACCUUCCUCAACCUCAAUCCAUUUCCAAUUUCUCCACCGCCACUGAUAUAUCUCUGUGCAAUUGAUUACUGAAGAGAGAGAGAGAGAGCGUUCAAUAAAAUUGGUUUGUGGGAUUGUAUAUAUGUUAUUAUAUAAUAAUAAUAAUAGUGAGAGAAAAUGAGUUGCGAUGCAAUAAUACAUUGUUGGACGUUCGGUGGACUAGUGGGUGCAUUUCUUGAUCUGGGUAUAGCCUUUUUCUUGCUAUUUGCAUCAACAAUUGCUUAUUUGGCCUCCAAAUUUCUGGGUUUGUUCGGAUUGUGUCUGCCUGGGGACCCCAUUAGACAAAGAGCAUUAGUGGAGUGGCCACCUGAGAAAACCGCUUCGGUUCUGUUGUUGGUGAAGCACAAAUUUCCUUUCAAUUCAAUAUGGGCUGAUACUGAUUCUGAUCCUGAACACCCCAAGAGGAAUCACAAGAAGAGGCAUGUCGGUGAAGCAUCAUCUACUGGGGGAAGAAGUCUGGUGGAAGGGAAUAAUAAUGAAGCUGCUUCUGUGUUUGGUACCUCUCCAGCUGGGGAACAAGGGAGGUUUCAUUUUAAGGGAGGUGUUCAGAGGAAGAGACUUGCUCUUCGCCACCGGCACAAAGGAAAGGCUGUUGACUGUGGCAAGUCUUCGCCUUUUUCUUUGGAUGCAACUCAGACUCCUUCUAGUGUUGGUAAAAUAGGGAUUCAGAUUACUGAAGAAGGCACCUCUGUUCCUGUUAAUUCUGGAGAGUUCAUGAGCAAUAGUGAUGAGACAAAUACAAUCCGAGUCUUGGAACAAGCACUUGAAGAAGAGCGCACUGCUCAUGCUGCUCUGUACCUUGAGCUUGAGAAAGAGAGAAGUGCUGCUGCUACUGCAGCAGAUGAAACCAUGGCUAUGAUAUUGCGUCUACAAGAAGAGAAGGCAUUGAUUGGAAUGGAAGCUAAGCAAUACCAGAGGCUGAUAGAAGAAAAAUCUGCAUAUGAUGCUGAGGAAAUGAACAUUCUCAAAGAGAUCUUACUGAGGAGAGAAAGGGAAAAACACUUUUUAGAGAAGGAUGUUGAAGCUUGCAGGCAAAUGAUAUUUGGAAAUGAUCAAUUGGAUGCUGACGUGGAGGCCACAAAAACACAAGGAAUAUCAUCUUUGUUGUAUUCAAGUGAAGACCCGAUGCUAAUGCUGCGGCAGAUUAGCUCAUCCAUGCAUGAGAAGGAAAUGGUGAAAAACACAACUAGUUCUAGAGAUGAGGAAUCUUUUGAUUUGCAAAAUCGUACUAUUGCUUUUGGUAAAGAAUUGCCAUAUCCAGAAUUGGAUGAAGAUGCUGACAUUUCAAAAGGAGACAUUUGUAGUCAUAGGCAUCCAAGUACUGACAAGCAUCCAGAUUUUGUAAGUUGUGAUGGGUUUCAAGAGAAGGGUAUGGUCUCCAUGGAUGAGAAUUCUCUUACUCAACAAAGAGAAUUGCAAACACAAGAGGCUUGCUCACAAUCAAAUCAGUCAGGUACUCAGGGAUUUAAUUUGCAUGUGGAAAGCAAUAAUCCAGCUGGGGAAGGACGGGAGCAAAGUGAUAAUAUAAUUCUCUCCCAAAGACUGGCAACAACGACAAUCGAAUCACGUAAUGAAGAUAAGGUUACUUCACAUAAUGUUGAUUAUGCAGAAAUGCCUGAAAAAGAAACAAAACGGGAAACCAAAGUUUCACAUAACUCAGUUUCUGAUACAGAGCUUCAUAUUCAUGAUGUUCAUGUCAUUGAUGAUGAGUCUAGUAUGUCUAAUGAAGUCAGAGUAAAUAAGACUGAACAGCUUUUAAGGAAUGCCUCCUCGAACCUUCACAGACUAGAUGAUAGUCUAACCCUAAGUAGGUUGGAGACUGGGCUAGGCUUCAACAGAAGCAGGUCAGACUUAACUAGUGGACUGCCUCCAAAAGUUCCUUUGCGCGGCAAAACUUUGGUUUCUAAUUUACGGAGGAAUUCUAUGUCUGCAAUUGAUUUACGCAGAAAUUCAAUGUCUUCAAUUGAUUAUGAAAGGUUAAAAAUUGAUAACGAAGUUGAGAUGCUUCAUGAAAGACUAAGGAUUGUGCAAGAAGGAAGAGAGAAGCUAAAGUUCAGUUUGGGGAACAAGGGAAGGGAAAAUUUUCAGUUGCAACUUCUGGAGGAUAUAGCAAGCCAGCUUCGAGAGAUUCGGCAGUUAACAGAGCCUGGAAAAGCCAUUCGUCAGGCUUCUUUGCCCCCUCCAUCCUCUAAGAUUAUGUCACAGAAAAGACAUUGGCGCAGUGCAUCUCUAGGACUACGUGGAAGCACUUAAACAAGGUAUGUAUGAAGCAGCCUGCUGGAUAAUUUGCUAGAGAUAACGGGAUGGAAGCUAUACUGUUUUCCUAGCUUAUGAGUGUAGAAAUGGUGAUUUUGACCACAUACUAGUGCUUUUAGGUGCCGCUUCAGAAUAGAAUUUCUGUUGACUAUAAUCUCCUAUAUCGUGAACAGUUGUUUCACACGAGUUUGGGUUUCUGUGUAGAUAAUAGUUGUAAUAAAGAUGAAGUUUGUUGUGACAAGUUUUUGUCGGCGAUUUCAUUAUUUUAUAAGAUUAUCAUAUCUUGCAUUGCCAAUAAA